UCCGGUCAUCGCCAAACGCACAUCGGCCAAAUCCACAGCCAAUGCUAACUGCACGAUGCUCACCAGCUGCGUUUUGUGAGGAAGCGUGAUAAGAUUUAAAGUGAACUAAACACAAUAUUAGGCAGCUACAGCGUGUUCGUAUUUCAUUCGAUUUGGUUUAUGGACCAGGAUAAAUUGACGCGAAGCAAUAGUUAUCUUAUUUUGAUACGCACGCAUUGCAAUGGGUUGAGUCUAUGAAGACUAUAGAUCUGUUUCAGUCUCAUCUCUUGCUUUCGUCUUUGACCCUUUUGAAUGGUUUAAUCCGUGACGUCAUUUAAUCGUUAAUUUCCGAACACGCUGCUUGCAACAACAUUCAGUCGCACCGGUAAGAAGCAGCUGGAAUUUAGGAAUGGGGUCUAACGGAGACCUCAACGCAAACUCCGAGUGUCUCGGCAGCACUGGGGACCUGAUCCUGGACAAAGCGGUCAGUCAGUGGAUUACCUGGGAUAAGAAUCGCCAUACACGGGAGCAGAUUGAGACUCUGUUGCGAGAGGGCCAUGUGGUAGAACUGAGAAGGCGAUUGUGCUCGAGGAUGACGUUUGGAACAGCUGGCCUAAGAGCCCCCAUGGGGGCAGGAUUUGCUCGCAUCAACGACCUGACUGUCAUUCAAUCUACUCAGGGGAUGUACAAAUACUUAGCCAAAUAUUUCCCUGACUUAAAAACAAGAGGUCUGGUAGUUGGAUAUGACACUCGUGCCCAAGCAAGCAGUGGCUGCACCAGUGAACGACUUGCAAGGUUGACUGCAGCUGUUUUUCUUUGUAGAGAUAUCCCUGUCUAUCUGUUCUCUACAUAUGUGCCUACCCCAUUUGUGCCAUACGCUGUGAUGAAAUAUGGAGCUGCAGCUGGAAUCAUGAUCACUGCUUCUCAUAACAGAAAAGAGGACAAUGGAUAUAAGGUUUACUGGCACAAUGGUGCACAGAUCUCCUCACCACACGAUAAGGAUAUCUUGUGUUGCAUUGAGGAGAGUACUGAGCCCUGGGUUGAGUCCUGGAAUGAGGACCUAGUUAAAAGCAGCUCACUAAGGAGAGACCCUCUAGAUGAUGUCUGCCGCUGGUACAUGGAAGAGCUGAGCACUGUCUGCUUCCACAGAGAACUUAACGCAAAGUCUCCGCUGAAGUUUGUCCAUUCAUCUUUCCAUGGUGUUGGUCACAACUAUGUACAGAGAGCUUUUAAGCAAUUUGGCUUCCCACCUCCUAUCCCUGUUCCAGAGCAGAAAGAUCCAGAUCCAGAUUUUUCCACUGUCAGUUGUCCUAAUCCAGAGGAAGGAGUAUCAGUCUUGGAGUUGUCCCUUCGUUUAGCUGAGAGAGAAGGGGCCCGCGUUGUGGUGGCCACAGACCCUGAUGCUGAUCGCCUUGCUGUUGCAGAGCAUAACGACAAUUGCGGUUGGAAAGUGUUCACAGGAAAUGAGUUGGCUGCAUUGCUUGGCUGGUGGAUGUUGUUUAACUGGAAGGAAGCACACCCAGACCCAGCAAACACUGAGAGCGUAUACAUGCUGGCCACCACUGUCUCAUCCAAAAUACUUAAGGCCUUUGCACGCAUAGAGGGCUUCCAAUUUGAGGAAACAUUGCCAGGCUUCAAAUGGAUUGGAAAUAGAAUCCACGAGUUAAGAAAAUCAGGAAAGGAGGUCAUUUUUUCCUUUGAAGAAUCCAUUGGCUUUCUGUGUGGGAACAUGGUUCUUGAUAAGGAUGGAGUCAGUACAGCGGUUGUUGUGGCUGAGAUGGCUGCUUAUCUACACACCAAAAACCUUUCCUUGAACCAACAACUACGGAACAUCUAUGAAAUAUAUGGCUAUCACAUCUCCAGAACCUCCUAUGUCGUCUGCAGUGACACUCCCACUAUUAAUAGAAUAUUUAGCCGUCUGCGUAACUUCGGAGGUCAGGGUGUAUACCCAGGGUUAUGUGGUGGUUACUGCAUCACACACAUCAGAGAUGUGACCACUGGUUAUGACAGCAGUAAGCCUGACAAAAAAUGUGUCCUUCCAUUGUCCAAAAAUAGCCAAAUGGUCACAUUCACGUUUCAGAAUAGCAUUGUUGCUACUCUGAGGACCAGCGGGACUGAGCCAAAGAUCAAGUAUUACACAGAAUUCUGUGCUUCACCAGGAGAACGAGAUGUCUCUAGUCUGGAGGACGAGUUAAGAAAAGUGACAACUGCUCUAGUCGAAGAGUUUCUAGAGCCUGACAAGAACAACCUGAUUCGCAGAUUAGUAUAGCUUUAUUUUAAUUCUAGUGAAAAGAUUGUUGGUCCUCAUGGGCAUCUCAUUUAAAAUCAGCCCCAAAGGCCUGUCACUGAACUGUCCUGUGAAAGUUGUUUUAUCACUGUGAAAUUAUUUCAAGCAUAAUCACUUUAUGGCCCUCAAUCAAAGAAAUAUUUGAGUAAACAUGACUGCUUGUUUUUCAUUUGUAUGGUUUAUAGAUGGCAAGUUUUGACAUGUUAAUUUCCUUUUAGAAAAUACACAAAAUGUGUCUUUGUAUAGAGGUUAAUGGAAAGGAGGAGGCGAGAACCGGCUUGACAAUAUAAAUAAUAGUUUUAAUAUAAAACUUAACAAAAAGACACAAACACAUGACUGUCAGCUGCCCGUAAACGAUCUCUCUCUCUUGCACCACCAUCCGCAGUCAGCCUUUAUCCCUCUCGGAGGCUUAAUUAGCCUGAUAAGGGACCUGGUGUGUAUAAUCAUGACCCGGCCCCGCCCUCCUGGUACUACUGGUAAAAAAUGGCCGUCAGUGGACGCUCAAUAAAUUUUUUUAUUAUAGAAUAUUUGCUUAUUAGAGGACUACAGUGCUUCAAAAUGUAUUUUAAUGAACACAUUUAGUGAUUUAACCCAAAUAAUAAAAAACACAACAUUUUGUUACCAUUUUUGAAGUCAAAGUCUUCAACCAAGUCUCAAGUCAAGCCCCUUUCAGCCCCCACUGGCUCAGCUGACAGUUAUUUUCAAUGGCAAAAUGGAAUGUAAACAAAAGUUAGCCUGAGGUGUGCUGUCUUACAUUUUGGUCUUUAAUUAGACUGAUCUAAGUUUUUAUGCAACUGACUGAAAAAAUUAAGACCAACAUUUUAGACGACUAACUAGUAAGACUAGUCUAAAACAGUUUUAUGCAACCGGCCCCUGUUUUCAAACCCCCUGUCUUUAACUAUGAGCAUGUGUAAUUUUGUGGACUCCUAAACGUGUCCAUAUUAUACAUAGUGUUGAUGUUCGCACUUUUGAUUGGAGUUAUAAUGCAUUGAUAAGAGGCAAAGCAGAACAGAAUCUUGUUGCUCCAUCGAAAUUCUGCUGGCUUCAUUAAGCUGGAAAUGCACAUGCCUCUGACAUUAGCAGCCUCCAUAGCUAUAAACAUGCAAUCGUAAUACAAAGCAUUUGGUUAAAAAAGGUUUUUUUUUUUUUAACUAAGCUGAUAAAACUUGUGGGUUGUGUUCACUAUAGAUGUAAUCAAAUUACUUGUGAUAUUCUUUCUCUUGUUUUUCAGAAAUGUAUUGAAAAGUUCUUAAAACAAAGUAAAUUUGACUUAUAAAACCACACGAGACUUGUUUUCAGAGAAUGUAUUUUGAAUGCACUUGCCUUGGUUCACAAAACAAAAAAACACUUUAAUCUGAAAAAAAUAAAUUAGAAAAAAUAACUUUACAUGAAACAAGUCUUUCUGACUAACAAGUAGGUAUAUCAAGCUUUGGAUGUUUAGAUACUUUUGCUGGAAAAUAAGACACCAAUUUUUUCAGUGUGGCAGUUCUCUUGAAAUUAUCCUUUGCAAAAAGUUAGUUAGUGCUGUCUUAAGUAUUAGUAAAGAUUAUUUUAAAAUGCAAUAAAAUAGCUGCCCAAUUUAUUUAUGUUGCUCUAUGGAUAUGCAGUAAGUCAUAAGGUAAUUUCUGCCAUCAUUUUGUUUUUAUACUUUUUUUUUUUUUUAGGAAUUUGAUUUACUCGUCUUUCUGGUAACAUUACAUAUAAUACACAGACUGCUGUUGUUGUACUGUAAUAAUGAGUGUGUUUAAGGCAUAUUGUUUAUUUUGUGUUACUCAGAUUAUUUACUGUUUAAUUUCAAGAAAGAAAUGUAAAAGUAUUUUGUAGGUUCUUAAAAAGUUGAAUUAAUAUUUUGGUUGACCUCACUAGUAAAGAUGGUCAAAAGUGUAAUAUAUAUAUUUAUAUAUAU